AUGUCGACGAAUAUGUUUGUUUCUGGUUUUUCACCUCCGUAUAUGCUCCAUGUCACCACCAAGACAUGGCUGCGCGAUAGUCAUGACCUAUUCGACUAUGAAACCAACCAUUUGGUGUGCGUAUCGCACUUCGCAGCCUCAUGCGGACUGAAGCUACUCCGCGAGGAGUCGGAUGUGCGGGCAAUCGAGUACAACAACGUCGUGGAUAAGGAGCACGACCACCUGCUGAGCGUCGUCUGCAAGAGAACGGGAGAGUACGUCGUAAUGCCCGCGGAAAAGGUCCCAGGCUCGCUGCUCUACCCCCAGAAACUCUGGCUCAUCGUACGCACGCUGCCCUACCAAAGGUACGCGCUGCAGGAGAACGACGUCAUCAAGCUCGGAAGGUUCCGACUGCGCGUUAAGCAGCUGGUGCCGGGCCCCCUGGAGACGCCGAACAGCACGAGCGCACUGGGCACGUGCUCGCACGGCGCAGGCAGAUGCCCGGGCUCGAACGCGCCGGAGUGCCCGUACUACGGGGACGCAGCAGCGCACAACAGCAACUGCAAGGCCAAGUGCACGACCUGCCGAGGACAGGAGGGCGCUGCGAGUCAGAGCGCGGCUAGGAACCCGAGAGACGGCGCCGAUGAGCAGCUGGUCAAGCUGUUUGACGGCGUUAUACCGGAGAAGACGAUAACCUUCGAGGAGCAGUGCAAUAUGCAGUGCAGAAUAUGCCUGGCAGAAGGGUACCUCCACAACCCGCUCAGCUCGAGCGAUAACACGAAUACGCCGCUGCACAGCAGCAAGGAGACGAGUCUGGACGCAGCGAGCGACAAGGAUCUCUCGGGACACUUCGCAGGGAACGCAGACUUCUCGAACACGAACGCAGCAAUGACGCCGGAAAACGGACUCGGGGCACUCACGCCCUCCGCAGCAAGCUUCGAGGCCGACAGGCUCAUAUGCGCCUGCGAGUGCAAGGGCAGCAUCAAGUACGUGCACGUGGAGUGCCUGAGGAAGUGGAUCGACUCGCGCUGGAACCUGAAGGGAGACGAGCCGAUGCCCUCGAUGGUAUUCAUCAGAGAGGUCUCGUGUGAGCUCUGCAAGACCAACUACCCCUGCUACAUCAGGCAAAACGGAGAGCUCAUCCAGAUCGUUAAGAUGCCGAAGAUGCCAGUGCCAUUCCUGGUCCUAGAAAACAUCACGCCGCACGCAAUCAAGGGCGUGCACCUGCUCUCGAUGAAGGACAUGAAGGACCUGAAGCUGGGCAGGGGUCACGAGUCAGAUGUGAGGAUCCCCGACGUCUCAAUCAGCAGGUACCACGCGACGAUCAGGUACGAAAACGGCCAGUUCUACCUCGAGGACCACGACUCGAAGUUCGGCACGCUCGUAUCGAUGAGGAGGCCGAGAAUGGUCUCGCACAAGGAGCCGCUCUCAGUGCAGGUCGGACGCUCAGUGAUUAACCUGGCGAUCGACGAGUCGCUGCCGUACGUGCAGAACAGAGUGAUGACUCUGACCACAGCCAGAGGAGGCCCCGGCGGAAACGGGAACCCGAGUCCGAGCGCAAACGGAGGCGGGAGCGGAAACGGCCCCGCAAACGUGAGCUCGAACGGCAACGUGGGCGCACAGCAGAACAUAUAUCGUAACGUGGAGCCGGGCUCCAACGUGGGUUUAACCUCGAGCAGCGUCCACGGCCCCUUCGCAGGCGGCAUGACGCUCACGUCCACCGGCGAGGUCGGCAACAACUUCAUGGGCCUUAACGCGCGUCUGGGCGCCGGCGCCUUCGCCACGAACGCAGCAACCUUCAUGGCCAGCGCGAACAACUUCUGCGCCGCAAACACGGCCGCAGCCAACAGCGGCGCCGGCAGUGGCCCCGUGGCUAACCCGAGCGCGUACGUGGGUGCCCCCAGCAACAGCUUCACCGCGGGUGCGAGUUACAUGAGCGCCGACGCCAACGGCGUAAACCCUGCGCUGCUGCUCCCGCCCUGGGCCACCAUUGAGUACGAAAACGCACUCAAUUCGAGCAGGUACCUGAGCUUUCUGCAGACAGCCUACUCAACCGUGAUCAACAGCAACCCCGCCACGCCCAUUAACACGACGCCGUCGAGUGCCAUGAACAUUUCGCCCGGCAACGCAGCGAACGCCAACGCAGCCAGCGGAAACACGCCGACUGGCGCAGGCGCAGGCGCAGGCGCCGCCUCCCAGGGCGUGAUGGGCAGAGGCAGCAACCUGGCGGCAGCCCCCGCCAACAGCCCUGCCCUGAACCUGGCCUCCCCCCUCGGAGUCGCCUCCUCGGGUCUGGGCGCGGCGGGCCCUGAGGCACCAGGCAACCUCAUCGCCACGAACACUGGCAGGAACAACCUCGUCGCCACCAUCAGCGCGAGCCCGCGCACGCCCACGAACGCGGUCCCCGGGAUGGGUUCCGCGGCCUCCUCAGCCAGCGGGAUCACGAACACGUACUGGAGCCUCGUGCGCAGCGCGAUCAGGUCCAGCUACGACCCCGACAUUCUGGACGGCCUCGGCAACCACAGGCUCGACAGCUUCAGGCUUCACCGGUCCGCCUUCAGGGCCGGCGGCGCCGCCGCCGCGCAGUCUGCCGCGAGCCCCAACGCUCCUGCCUCGGGCGCGCCGGGCUCCCGCCCCGUCCCCUCCGGCGAGGAGGUCGACAUGAUGCUGCCCGACAGUGUGUUUAUCGCAAACUGGAACGCCGCCCGGCCCGCGAACGUGGACUUGAACGUGGACACCAGCACAAGUGCUCUAGAGCAGCGCCACUCAGGCCAGGAGUUGGACAAGCCUGCCACCAGGCUCUAA